CUCUGUUCUUCCUUGCUCGUGAUCGGGGCACAGUGUUAUUCUCUCUGUCUCACACACACACACGCUGCAGAUCGGUGUGUAUGCGCGCGGGAGGUGGGCGGGGUUUGAUAUACGGAUGGAUCCUGCUUUCCUCUCUCUCUCUCUCUCUCUCUUUGUCUCUCUCUCAGUGUUUAUAUUCGGUGACAGGACACCAGAUUCCCAGAUAAGGAGGUGUGUGUGUAUGUGGAGGCGAGGCAGUAGCGUCCCGUGUGAUCGAAGAGCAUGAGGAGAUGGAUGUGGAACAGUGUGAUUAUUCUGAUGAUCUCUGGGUGAUCACGGCUGAGCAGUUGGAUUAUUACACUCAUCAGUUCCUCAGUCUUCAGCGUGAUCUCUCCGGCCUCAUCCUGGGCCCUGAUGCAAAAAACUUCUUCACAAAGUCGAAGCUGCCGAUCCCUGAGCUCUCUCACAUAUGGGAGCUGAGUGAUGUGGAUCGGGACGGGGCCCUCACCUUCCCAGAAUUCUGCACGGCGUUUCACCUGGUAGUGGCUCGUAAAAAUGGUUAUGCGCUUCCUGAUCACCUGCCGCAAACACUCCUGUCAGCCUUCCGACCUCCACCUCAGGACUCACAGCCUCUCAUCGUGUUUGAGGACACAGAGACUCUCAGGCAAAAGGAAAAGGGCAAAAUCAGCCAACAGGAAGUCAGAGAGGAGACGCAGGAGCAAGAAUUCAGUCAGGAGAGAGCAGAUCAAAACCAGCCUAUACAGCAAAGCAGCACUUUAAAACCAGAUCCUCCUAAUGAGCUGGAUGUUAAUGCGAAGUCAAGAACAAGACCCAGGUCAUACUCCAGCACCUCUAUAGAUGAUGCUAUGAAGAAAUCAGAAGAACCUCCAACUCCUCCACCACGUCCUCAAAAAACACACUCUCGUGCUUCAUCACUUGAUCUGAACAAACUCCUGCAGCAGGGAGGGAAGAGCGGCUGGCUUCCUCAUCCUCCUGCACUUCCACCUCGAACCACCUCGACCUCACAGCAGAUGCCUCACUUCCUCCCCGGGGUGGAACAAAACUCCCAGCAUGCCAUGCAGCAGCCUUAUUUUGCAGACUUUAACAAGUGCAGUGUUCAGGAGGAUUCCACGGUGCUCUCCCAAAGCCACACCCCUCAAAAACCAGCUCGCAAAAAACUCCACUCGGAAUGCCAGAAUGCCAAUCAGGCUGUGGGUGUGGUCUAUCCAAACCCCGCCCCUCAAUCAGGGCACAAACUGGGUCAACGGCAGAAGAAAGAGAUUCAGAUGGCCAUCAGGAAGAAUAAAGAAGCAAAUGCAGUGCUGAAACGCCUCAAUAGUGAACUGCAGCAACAGCUAAAGAGUGCAUUAUCAUGACAUCACAGCAAUAUCCUCCCACCGAUAGUCUCUGAGAACUCACUGUGGACUUUGUUACAUUGUGUGUGUGUGUGUGUGUGUGUUUAGUCUGCUAUGAAGAUGCAAUAGAAAAAAAUCAUUCUGACUGUAGGUUUGUUGAUUCUUCAUGUGUUGGUGUGAAAUAUUUCUAAAUAUAUGCAAAAACACAAUGCUGCAGUAUAACAACAAAAUUCACAUCAAACUCUCUCUCUCACUCUCUCACACACACACACACACACACACAAACACACACACACAUGUAACAACAAUCCUGACUCACUUAAUUGUCAUGGCAUGUGUGAAAGAAACCUGGAACACUGUAAACACUUCCCCUUUUUUUCUUAUUUUAAUUUGCUGUGAAAUGUUUAUUUUGUAUUAAUUCUAUAAAACACUUCAACACCAAACUGCUGUUAUUGAGAACCUGGUGUUAUUUUUGUUUAACACUCGAUAAUGAAAUCAUUACAGGCAAAAUUUCAUAAAUAAAGCUACAGGUCCAUUUU